CUAAAAAAUUAGUAUUCCUCCCACUUUUACGGAAAUUUUAGUGGAAAAGUUCGGUUUUUAGGUUUAAAUAACGCUAAAAAAUGCCCGAUUCGGGUCUGGCAGUUUUCGAAAAAGACAGCUUCAAUGCCGAGAAGUACGUCAAAGAGCUGGUGCAGGACUGCGUCGGUGGACCGGAACUGCAGCAGACGAAGGCCAAGAUCCAGAGCCACAGUGACACGGUUUCCUCCACCCUGAAGAAGCAUGUCUACGAGAACUACAUGCAGUUCAUCGAGACGGCCAAGGAGAUUUCCCAUCUGGAAUCGGAAAUGUACCAGCUGUCGCACAUCCUGAUCGAACAGCGUAACCUUCUGUCGACCUUAAGGGACGAAUCGAUGCUCGAUGAUCAGAAGUAUAUCAUCGAGGACCAAAGUAUCGAUCCGAAUGAAAACGAGGAGCAGCAGAACAAGAAGGCGAUCCAGUUGAUCAAGGAAUCGCUCAUUGGGUAUAAGGGCAAUCUUGACGAUAAGGUUUUUAUCCAUGAGGGCGGUUUGAUCGAAUUGGACCCCAACGAUUAUCGUCCCAUCUGUCGGAUCCAUCUAUUUCUCUUCAACGAGAUACUUGUUCUGGCCAAAGUCAAGCAUGAUAAAAAACUGGAAUUCCUCACGGAGUACGACACCAAAAAGAUCGCCGUCAUCAAUAUCAAGGACCUGGACGGGGUUAACAAGAAUGCUAUCAACGUGUUCACCAGCGACGGGGCGCGCAUCUUCCAGUGCGUCAACUCGGCUUCCAAGCUGGAGUGGAUCGACAAGUUCGAGGUGGCGAUCAAGUUCAACCAGCUGAAGCACAAGAAGGGCCCCGCCCCGCAACCGCCGACGACGUUGAACUUGAAGAACCGCCAGCAGAAGUCGGUGGACAGCGAGAUCAUGAUGACGCUGAGUCCGACGGCUUCCGAGGUGGCCGCUGCCGUGGUGGAGAAUCUGGCUCCGGAUUGGUUGGCCUCGGCGCCGGAGGAAAUUCAGGCGGAAAUUGCCCAGAGGCAUUUUGAGGAUUGUUUGGCGUUGGUGCAGAAGUGCGAGGAAUAUCUGGUGAAGGACAGUAGUUUUCGCGGGGCGGCGGAAAUCAGAGAGAAGAUCAAGGGUUUGAAGAGCACGUUGUCGUCGGUUUUGAUGCAGGAGUUGUCCAAUUCGCAGAGUCGGAGCUUGCAGGCUGCUUUGCGAUCCAGUAGGAGGCCUUUGAAGUUGCUGGUCGAGAUGGAGAAGGCCCGAGAAGCUUGUGGGAUACUGUUGAGAGUUUGUAGCAGUGCUAUAAGAACUUCACAGAGACAGGCACGUCGGAACAAUCUGGCGGUUUCGGAACUAUUCUUCUGCGAUGUGGCGCAAGUGGCCAGCGAGUUCUUGAGGGCUUUUAGCAGCAAGGUUUCUUGUACCAGUGCGUUGAUCGUUUGGUGCAACAUGGAGUUGCAGUAUUUUGCUUCACAGUUGAUCAAACACUACCUGACCAAGGAUACUCAACUGGAGAUGGUGGCCAGAGUGGUGGAAGGCGUUCGAAAUCCGUGCUCUAAGCUAACGGAUAUUGGACUGGAUUUGUCCUACCACAUGGAGGGUUUGCUGCGAAAUACUCUGGAACAGCUCCUGGAGGAAGCGAAAUUUCGGUUGGUGGAUUCCAUCGGACGAACCGAAGACGUUUGGCAGCCGUACAACCUGCAGACGAAGACCAAUUUGAGAAGCGUCCUGAAGGAAUUCGACGCCCUAGGUUUGGACAUGAAACCUCUCGUUACGGGCGAUACUUGGAUCAAUCUUACGCAAACGUCGGUGAACUUCUGCAGACAUUUCCUGACCACCACGGAAAGCUGUGCCUAUCUAGCGAAGUACGACUCCCUAAAACAGGACGCGGAGCAGCUUCUGAAAGAACUUUUCCUGGCACAGCACGCCGUCAAGCCUCAUCCGUCGAUGAGCGUGGAUCUGAACUUCAUUGCGAAGAACAAGAUCUACAUGGGCGAUGUGCUGCUUCCGAUUGCUAUCGCUCGCUUCGAGAAAAUCUCCGAUAAGAAACCGGAACUGUUGAUGGAACUUCAGCUGCAACUGCGUGGUCCUCCGAAACCGAAACCCCGGAGCGUUUAUCAGACGGAUGUUCUCUAAAUUUCCUUACAGCAAACCGAGAGAUGAUCUUGCAACGUAUUUAUUCCAUUCGAAGUUUAACAUUAGAUUAAAAUAAUAAAGUUAUUUUUAGAAGAUGAA